AUGCAAGGAAAAAAAUUCACCGAGUGUUCGGCCCUCCUUGAUCGUGCCCGCAGCUUGGCUUGCCAAACUAUUGAAGCAUUGUCCGAAUCUGCCCAGUCGUCUGAUGAUUACAGCACUUCUGUUCGCUCAUAUGCUGAGGAAGUGGUCCCUGGCCCAACAGCCUAUGAUUUAAUUAAUCAGCUACGGGCCCUUGACCAACAGGCGAGUGUUGAACAAUUGACUUGCUGCGCCGGGCGGAUGCUUGAGCUAGCUGGAGGCUCUGAUGCAGCUUCUGCGGCUGAGGAAGAUGAAGCAGAGUUAGCUAGAGGCUCCAUCUCCAUAGAGGUAAAAUAUCUUUGUGAAGGCGUAAAUAAAAGAAAUGCACGGCGUGUAUGA